UGCCAUCUAUCUAUCUAUCUAUCUAUCUAUCUAUCUAUCUAUCUAUCUAUCUAUCUAUCUAUCUAUCUCAGUCCCGUUCAAUGUCCAUCAAUUUCUUUCUUUCUUUCUUUCUUUCUUUCUUUCUUUCUUUCUUUGUAACACAGUUCCUUUCCAUCUAUUUCAGUGCAUCCAUUUCUAUCUAUCUAUCUAUCUAUCUAUCUAUCUAUCUAUCUAACACAGUCCCGUUCAAUUGCAUCCAUUUCUAUCUAUCUAUCUAUCUAUCUAUCUAUCUAUCUAUCUAUCUAUCCAACACGGCCACUUUUCUAUCUGUGUCCAUCAAUUUCUAUCUAUCUAUCUAUCUAUCUAUCUAUCUAUCUAUCUAUCUAUCUAUCUAUCUAUCUAUCUCUCAGUGCUUUCUAUCUAACAGUCCCUUUAUAUCUAUCUAUCUAUCUAUCUAUCUAUCUAUCUAUUUAUCUAUCUAUCUUCUAGAUCCCUUCAUAUCUAUCUAUCUAUCUAUCUAUCUGUAUUCUUAUUUUAUUCUUUUAUAUCUCUUUCGGUUUUUGUUAGAUACCGUCGGCCAUGACGCGACUGCCAUUCAUUUGAUUAAACAGAAAGCUACAAACGAAAAAGAAUAA